AUGGCCCUCCUGUCGAACCUGGACCUGGUCAAUGAAUGCGACAACUUUCCUUACGACUCGGACUCGGACCGGGACAAGUUCAAGGCGGUGGUGAAUGGAUACUAUCAUUUCUACCUCGACGGCUGCACGGCGUGUCUGGGCUACAUGACGGCGUCGGUGGCGGAGCGCAUGCCUCUCACGCAGCACUGGCGACUGGACCGAGACACUCGACGGCUGGUGUUCCAGCCGCGCGACGACCGGGGCCGCCCCGUCCCCGUCGAGGAUGUCGACACGCGCAGCGCGAUCCUGGCGACGUACCUGCAGGAGGUGCGCGAGCGGCGCGUGUUCGGCGUGCUGGAUGGCUGGCGCGCCGAGCGGUACCCCAUCUACGGACCGCAGCGGCGGCUGGUGCUGAACAUGGAGCGGUCGGCGACGCCGCUGUUCGGCGUCGUCACCUACGGCGUGCACAUGACCGGCUACGUCGAGACGGCCCCGGGGGAGAUGAAGAUCUGGGCGCCGCGCCGGGCGCUGACCAAGCAGACGUACCCGGGCAUGAUGGACAACACGGUCGCGGGCGGGCUGAGCACGGGGGAGAAGCCGUUCGAUUGCCUGGUGCGCGAGUGCGAGGAGGAGGCCUCGUUGCCGGCCGACCUGGUGCGGUCGGCAGCCCGGGCGUGCGGGACGCUGACAUAUUUCCACGUCCGCGACGCCCGUGCGGGGGGAGAGACGGGGCUCUGCCAGCCCGAGUGCCAGUACAUCUACGACCUGAAGAUGCCGGCCGACGUGAUCCCCAAGCCCGGCGACGACGAGGCCAUCGAUUUCCAGCUCUUGACCGUCCCCGAGAUCCGGCAUGCCAUGGCCGAGGGCAGAUUCAAGCCGAACUGCGCCCACCUGCUCUUGGAGUUUCUCGUCCGCCACGGAUUCCUGACGCCCGAGAACGAGCCCGACUACAUUGAAAUCGUCGCCCGACUCCAUCGACGGUUGGAGUUUCCCACGCCCUGA